CAUGGGGUGUGGCGUUUCAGGGGAAAUGAAAGUAAACGGCGCAAACUAAAGCAAAGUCCGUGAAGCUGCGCUGUGCAAACAGAAACGCUUCAGUCAUGGAGUCAGCCUUGUACUCCGAACAUCUGACGUGUCCUAUUUGUCUGACCAUCUUCUCUGACCCAGUUAAUCUUCUGUGCGGACAUUCGUUCUGCAGGCAGUGUAUUACAGCUACCCUGAGCUCACAACGCCGGUGUCCACUGUGCCAGACAGCUGUUCCAGGAGAAAGUAACUGUCUUCCGACCAGCCAUAUACUGAAAAGCCUCGCUGAAAAGGCCAAAGAAACGGAGAAGAUAAAGAAAGAGCGCGGACACGACAAAGUAGAGCAGGUGGCUGAGUUGUGCCCUGAGCAUGAAGAAAAACUGAAACUGUUCUGCGUCACUGACAGGCAGUUAUGCUGUAUCAUAUGCCGAGAUGCCCAGAAGCAUGAAGGGCACAAGUUUAAACCAAUCAAAGAGGCAGAUGCAUCUCUGAGACAGGAAGUGCAGAACGAUAUGAAGAGCGUUUCUAGUGAUAUCCUUGCUACAGAGGGCCUGGCCAAGACACAGAGGGAAGAAAUAACUAACACCAAAGAGAAGUCUAAGCAGCUGAUGACAGAAAUCCACAAACAGUUUGAUGAGAUGCACCAGUUUCUGAGAAAGAGAGAAGAUGAGAUAAAAAAAGAGCUGAAGCUCAAAGAGCAAGAAGCUGUUGAGAAAAUGAGCGAGACGUUAAAAACUAUGGAAACAGCUUUGUCUGAGAGCAGAGAGGUGGAGGUCAAAGCGAAAUCAGUUCUGGAAAUUGAAGAACCUGAGAGGUUUAUGAAGAGCUGGACUGCUAUUAGCAACACGAUGACUGCAAAGUUGGGGCCCAGUGGAAGAAACCUCCAUGUGGUGAAUACCUCUCUCUCCUUGGGGCCUUAUGAAAGUCACCUGCAGUUCUUUAUAUGGAAGGAGAUGCUUCAGGUGAUCAAGUCCCGAGCAGAACUGUUGACACUCAAAAGCAACAGUACAUGGUUAACUGUGUCUGAUGAUGGACGAAGCUUGCUCUCUACAUAUCAAGAAAGCCAGUCUUAUACACAGUCCUCAUUUAACUAUGGUGCCUUUAAUCACCCUUUCACUGCAAAGGGGCAGACAAAGUACCAGUUUCUACCGGGACAUGUUUCGCAGACAGAUCGUGUACAAUAUGCUUCUGCAUCCAGUAUCACUGAGUUCACCUCAGGACAGCAUUACUGGGAGAUAGAUGUUGGAAACAGGAAGUAUUGGGAACUAGGGAUACUCAAUAAUUUCCUGAAAUUUAAUGGUAAAACAUAUGUGGUCUGCAGGAGAAAUUGUACAGUGCCAUUUACAGCCAGACCCCGAAAAAUUGGGAUUUACCUGAACUGCUCAUCUAAGGAGCUCUUCUUCUAUGAUGCAGACAGCAUGAAGAAUAUUCACACUAUGAGCCUUAAUCUCUAUGCAGGCGACACAACGUCAGCAUAUCUUCAAAUUGAUAAUAAUCAAGAUCGUACUCCACUGACUGUGUGCUGGUACUGAAGGGUGGCAUUAACUCAAAAACACCUGUGUAGAUCGAGAACCCAACCUGAUGACAGUGUACUGGUACUGAAUACUACAAAUCAAGACAUCUCAGAUAAAGAGAGAAAGAACUGUAACAUGUAACAUUUCAAAAGGUUCCAGGAACUGAUCUCAGGUACCAGAAGUCCCUCGGAAAAGGAACUAAAAGAAUAUUAAAAGACAGACUUGUUCCUCAAAAGGGUUUUGGUCCUCUGGGAAAGUUCUUACAAUGCAAAACUUAACAGGUGUUUAUGUUGUCAUGACAAGAGCUUCUGUAUUUAUAAUGCAGACAGAUGUCAAUGGGAAGGUUCAACAACCAGUGUCACUCCUCUGUGUACAACCCAGGACAGCUAGACUGUUGCUGGUUAAUUCUUAGACUAAAUGAGGCAAUGAAAGUGUCAAAAAUAAAUGACUUGCUCAGGUUGUGGAAAAGAAAUGUUAUUACCUGUAUAAAAAACUUGUUCACAGAUGGCGUUUUUAUGAAUUUCUCUGACUUAAUGACAGAUUAUCUCAAAAGAAUUUCUUUCCUUGUCUCCAAAUCAGGCAGUGUGUUGCUAUCUUAUUUCCUAAUAUUCCAGCUAAAUAUCUAUCUCAGCCAUAUAGUGCCUUCUUUAAAUUAUGCACCUUUCAGAAAUAUUUGAUUUCACAGAUUUAUGAAAAUGUGGGGUGAAACUAUGGAAUAAUUUAAGUGUGGACAUAAAAAUAGU